AUGCAUGGUUGCUUGUCAGAAGUAAGUUAACUUCUUGCCAGAAGUGCCAGAAUAUCUUAACAGAUGUACCAUGCAAGCAGAAAAUAGCUCAAAUAUAGUGUAAUGAAAAAACAAUUCCAAUUAUCUUACAAUUAGUCAAGGUGUUAUUUGGCUUCCUGCUGCCAUUCUUGAUGCUAAAUGGGAUUGAAUCUGUCUGCGACUACUUUCAAAAUUUAGAAGCUGGACAAACAUAUUAUGUGUAUAAUCCUGGUUUUCCCUAUAAAUAUAAAGGUGCAAAUCAGUGCACAUGGCAAAUGACAAGUCGUUAUGUUACUAAAAUAAAUUGCAGUGUUGAUAUACCAGCGUUUGUUAAUGGUUGUAUUCAAGAUAGUCUUUCUAUCCAAUUUACUGGAGGAAAUAUACAGAAAUAUUGUGGUUUCGGUACAUUGGUUCUUGAAGGGACAAAUCCGAUUAUAAAAUUAUAUUCACCUUAUUCUUCGCAAGGAGGUCAAUUUUUAUGUCAAAUUCAAGCAGAGAACCCGUUCGAUGAAAACAAUUGCAAAUGUGGUUGGAAAAAAGUAACUAGAAUAGUAGGCGGUACGGAAACUGGAGUAAAUGAAUAUCCUAUGAUGAGUGGACUCGUUGAUAUUGAUAUAGGAGAUAUAUAUUGUGGUUGUACUAUAAUAUCUCAACAAUAUGUAUUGACAGCAGCUCAUUGUAUUGAACGUAGAGAUAUCACUAGAAUUGGCAUUCUUGUUGGUGAACACGAUGUAACCACAGGUAAUGAGACCAAAGCAACUAAGCUAUUCCGUGUGAAUAAGUGCAUAAUGCAUCCUUAUUACAAGGAAACUAGACAAGACUACGAUAUAGCUAUUUGUAAAAUUAUUGGUGCCUUAAAAUAUAGUGCUGAAGUUGGUCCAGUCUGCUUACCAUUUCAACAUAAACGAGACACGUUCGUAGGUGUUAUUGUAGAUGUGUUGGGCUGGGGUUUGCUAGAAUUUGCCGGCGCCAAAUCAACUACGCUACAAAAAGUAAAAUUAAAUGUAAUAAGUCCUACAAAGUGCAAGGAUUAUUAUCCUGAAUUAACCAAUAGUAGUAUAUGUACUUAUAGUCGUGGAAAGGAUUCUUGCCAAAUGGAUAGUGGCGGACCUCUCUUAUGGCAAAAUCCUACCACACAUAAUCUUGUAUUAGUUGGUAUAGUAUCUACUGGUAUUGGUUGUGGUUCAAACGAACCUGCUGUUGCAACACGUACAGGAGCCUUCAUUGAUUGGAUAAUGUCUGUAACACCUGAUGUACAAUAUUGCAAGGUAGAAUGAGUUUUGCAUGACUAAAGAGAAGGAUUAAUUUGUAGAAUUAUGGAUCUAUGUUACAUGCUUUCUGCAUGUUACCAAUUUUUGCAAAUUAUGUAUUUUGAAAUGUAUUUAUAAUAAUGUAUGCAUUAAAUAUCAUUUAAUUAGCAAA